GCUGACCUACUAACAUACUUACUGAGGAGAGGAGAGGAAACCGAGAGAGGGAGAGGGAGCAACUGGAGCAAACAUGACAUGAGGAGCAGACUAAAAACAAGAUCCACUUCUUCUGUACGGUUCGUGGAGCUGGACUUUUGCAAAGUGGCGAGGGUGUGUUUAUGAGCGGAAACGCGGAUUGGUGCCCACCGUGGAUGCUAUGCACUAACCUAAACGAGCUUUUGAUCUCGACUUGAACUGCGGAAAUAACAGAGGGAGACCGAGCAACAUUCCCCUGGAGACUGACACACUGAGGUCCAUUGACCUCAACACCUGAAUCGACACUGAGCCCAAAGCUACAAAGUGGAUAAAUGAGGGUUGCAAAUGCUGAGCUCCAGCUGUUCUUGAUCUUCUGGGCUAAUUUGGACACUUGAGUUCCUGGCUUGCAAUAAACAGACCGAUCGAGAUCUUUGAGAACAUUGCAAAGGUUUUCUAUCACCCUAUCUCUGACUUGUUGUUUUGCCCGGCUCAACAGUCAAAACUGGCUACCACAGGAAGAGAAUGGAAAAUCUAACUUCAGCCCUCACAAACUCAGGAAGUAACAUAAACUGCCUUGAGACGUUCAGCGGUUAUGAAGAGUCUCUAUCACCUCUCGAAGAGACUGCGUCUCGACUGGGCCGCAUCAUCAAACCCAAACCGAACUUGAGCUGCAGGCGGAAGCGCGAGUUCAUUUCGGAUGAGAAAAAAGACGCUUCCUAUUGGGAGAAACGGCGCAAGAACAAUGAGGCGGCGAAGCGAUCUCGUGAAAAGAGGCGUCUCAAUGACAUGGUUUUGGAGAACCGCGUCAUUGCACUGAACGAUGAGAAUGUUCGGCUCAAGACAGAACUGCUCCAGUUGAAGCUACGCUUUGGUCUUAUAAGCACCGCCUCUUACAUUGAAAAGAGCCAGCAGAUCGAGACAACAGGCAACAGCACAGGAAACGGAGGGUCAUCCUCUUCAUCCUCCUCCUCCACUCAGUACUACUCCAGUGGGUAUUCCAGCAGCUCUCAGGUGAUGAUGAACUCUGACUCGUCUGAAACCGAGCAGUCUGGGCGAAGCGACGGCCACAGGCAGUUGGUAAAGUACUCCCCACGUGGUUCUCUGUCUGACAUGUCCGACAGCUCCUCCAGAGACAGCCCGGAGCCAAUUCCCUUUGAGAUCAAGCAAGAAGGCGACAGGCUUGAGAUGGAUAUUACCAACAGCACCACGACUCAGAUCAUGUUUAAUAUCCACCGCGGUCUGGCUUCGGUGCCGACUCAUCACCAGCUCCAGCAGCAUUCUCAAGAGAUGGAGGCCGCUUAUCACAGCCAGCAACAGCAGCACCAUCUUCACCAGCAGCAGCCUGUUUCUGCAAUCGCGAACCAGCCUGCCACCCAACCACCUGCUGCACAAAGGAGUGUCAUUCUCUAUGGCUCAAGCAGUGCCUCCUACCCUGUGAACAACUUGACCAGGUCCCACGAUAUCGACGUGCAGAAGCAGAGCAGCAGUAGCAGCCAGAGGUGCGUCAGCCGACAACCCCACUCCUUUGCAGAGAGUUCCACUGAGACUCUGGCAGAGGUGACAAAACAGCUGGAGAGAAAAACAUUAGACUCUCCUUCAUACGAGCUUGCAGGCAGCCAAAAUGAAGCUGUGGAGAGACGUGCCUACGUUUGCCAGCCAGAGCAGCAAGAGACGGAGGUUAUCAGCCAGUCCCUCCUGUACCACCACCAGCCUCAUUCUUCAUACCUCAGUGCCCAUGACGAGGAGCCUCCUGUUCUUGCAUAUGAGGGAGAUCUUCCUAAAGAGGCUUACUACCAAGGCCAGUCAAGUUCGUCCGGUAAGGACACCUCAUCUAGUGAUGGGGAUCCAAGGAGCUCUGACAAAGAGGCCUCUACUGAUGAUGAGGAGACCUCCUCCUACCACAACCGACAUCUUAGCAGCCUCCACCACCCAGCCUCCCCACAACCUUCAUCCCUCAACUUCUCUCAAGCCCAAGGCCGGGACACCCAGGGAGAGGUGAAGGGCACAGCAUUACCCCACAAACUCAGACUCAAACACCGGGCCAUGAGCUCCGGCAGCACUGGAGGCCAUUGCUCUGGCCAAGAGUCCCCGAAUACGCCUCCCUCUGCCACCCCACCACCCCACCCGCAGCAUCCUUAUUUAUCCCUGUCACCACAGCAGAACAUUAGGGGCCUAAGCCCAGGCAUAGCCUCUAAACUGGCAGAAUCCGAGUGGGAGGGCACAAGGACUGAGAACGGAAAAAAGGAGGCAGGUGGACGACGGAACAAGAGGCGAGAUUAAGUGGACAUUCAGUACUCUUUAACGCAAAGACAAUUGCUCCUCAGUCCCUACCCUGCCUUACUGCCUUUGCCCCGCGAUCCAAUCUCCUCCUCUUGUUCACGGGACAUGAACAAGCUUUUUUUACACCCACGAACCUCAAUGUCACCAAAAAAAAAAAAAAAAGGCUGGACUUUUUUCUGUCCGGCAGGACUGUAUCAUACUUGUUUAUACUGUACAGACGUGUCGUUUCUUAUGUCCUCUCCAUACUUACAGAAGCACUUUUGUUUAUGUGAUGAGAGGAGGAAUGGAACUACCUGCUUUUCUACUCUCGCCAUUAACGUCACACCACGAAAGAAAGCGUCAAAGAGUCCGAGCACAUUUUGACCGAAAAGAAUGUAGAAAAUCAGUGUCAAGCUUUAUCAGAACCUUUCAAUUUGUGGCAUAUCGGACUGCGGAUACCGACGAGCGCAUGGCUGUUUAUGCCUUAAUCCAAGUCAAACACAGGCAAACCCUCGCGACGUUCCCUCAACCAAAGAAGCUCUGGCAAAUUUCCAGUUCCAUACCUCUUCCCAGACCCUACCUCUACGACCCACCUUUAUUUUUGAAGCGCCUGCUUUGUAUAUGACUGUGACAUAUGAACAUAUGUAUCUAUUAUAAAUAUAUAUUUUACAAAGGAAAUUUGAAUACAACCGAAUUUUGAAAUGACCAUCCUCUGAGGAAUGGGAAUGAAAUUACUCUUCGGCCACGUUGUCCGCCGUUGCAACAGCUCGAAUCGAAGCGCCUCUGAUUGUUCAGCUCGAGCAUUAAUAAUCUGUUUACACAGAAAACGGCCGUCCAGCUUGGGGAGCCAACAGCACUGAAUGGAGAACAUUUUGUCUCCUGGGGCCAGCGCCUCGUCGAUUAAAAUGAUUUCUUAACCUUUAACCAGCCUUUAAAAACGUGGUGGAAAUCACCAGCUGCAAGCUAUGAUAAGCCUUUCAGUUUAUUUGAGCUUUAUUAUCUGUUGUCACCGUUCACUGGCCCAAUGUAUUUAUUUCCCUCUUCUCCACUGUAGAAAAAGCCCACGGGGACAUAGACAUAAUGUGUACAUACCCACACUUUGAGUCAUAGGCGCCAAUCUACAUUUCUGCCAGUGGGUGCUCGGACGGGCGGUAAAUCUGACGCUACUUUUCUGAGCAUGCACGGUUUUUGCUUGGUGGUGAGAAAGAAUUUGCCAUCAAUCCCACGUGGGUGCUCGGCAUUGUCCCCACGGGAUCGGCGCCUAUGCUUGGAGUUUGAACUACAAUGCAGGCAUUGGAUGCUGGGGGUUAAACGUAGUAGCUGCUAAAUUGUCCUGUCAAAACACACUUAUUGACCAUCCGAAUUGGAUACCAUAUUAGAGAAUGAAGACAAUCAUGUUCUAGAGUAAUGCAAUGCCCCGAUUGCCUCCAUUGUCUAGUUCCGACCGUAGUGCUGCUGCACUAGAUCCAAGUGAAGCAGGAGUAUAUGUACCAUGUUUGGCUUUUUUGGCACCUGUGUAUAAAUGUAAAGUUCCCCGACCCUCGAACAACACUGUAACGUUUAUCUCAUUGUUUUUAUAUCCUCUUUUUCGUCAAGGUGUUGUUCCGGUUUCCCGCUAUACCCGUGUCUUUUAUUUCCUAAUGACUGUGAUGACAUGUGUUUGCCUCAUAGCACCCCGCCCCUCUUUUCAGUGUAUUAAUCAGUAACGUUUGUGGUUUUGCUGAUGUUUUUUAGAAAAAAACAAAAAAAGACGAGUGGAUCGGAAAAAAAAAAAAAUAUCGGAGAUGUGUGGUGGUCGGUCUGGCUGGUCAUUGCCAUCGCUUCUUUUGGACAAGAAUAUGUAUGUGAUGACACUAGUGUGGCAGGUGGGAGCGUUUCAAGAUCGGAAAAUAAAUAAAAAAGAAUGUUG